UGACACCUGGCCGUGUCACUCAUAUACUGGUGCAGUUUUUCAUGUUAAGGCCAUAUCUGCCCACAGCUUGUGUUAGAUGGAGAGUGUAGAUUCUGGUAAAGUAAACAUAAAUGAAACUCUUUCUGUCGAAAAACUGGAGGAUAUAUUACAUGGGGGUCAGUUAUCCUGUAACCACGUUGAUGAAGUAUGGCCUAAUUUGUUUCUUGGGGACAUGUACAUGUCUCAUGACAGGUAUGGCCUAUGGAGAUUGGGUAUCACCCAUGUUUUAAAUGCUGCCCAUGGUAAAAUGUGUUGCAAAGGAACUGAUGAUUUUUAUGGGACUACAGUGAAGUACUAUGGUGUGCCAGCAAAUGACCUGCCAACAUUUGAUAUAUCACCAUUUUUAUACCCUUCAGCGCACUACAUUCAUGAAGCUCUCAGCACAACUGGAACUAAAGUGUUUGUUCAUUGUGCAAUGGGAGUGAGCCGUUCAGCAGCUCUGGUCUUAGCUUACUUAAUGAUACAUUGCAAUCACUGUCUAGUGGAUGCAAUCCUGAAAGUGAAAGAAAGAAGAUGGAUUUUCCCAAACAGAGGAUUUCUGAAGCAGUUGAUAAAACUCAACGAUAAAUUAUACAAGUCAGCAAAAAUCGAUAACUAAAACAGUUUCUGUCAUGUCAAAAUAAAUAUAAAUGAUCUAACAGCUUUUAAUUAUAUAAACGUACUCUCUAAAAAUCAAUAAAAUUUUCCAUAAAAAUAAUAAAUAAUUACUCUUUACAUUAUUGGCCAUCUAUCUUCUAUGAAUCUAGCCUAUUUAAGUAAAACAACAAUCCAUUACACUGACUGUAUUACAUAAAACGUCUUGAACCUAACGUGUUAAAGUAUGCAAAUGUCAUUAAAGCUGAUGAAUGGCAA